AUGGAACCCGCCACCUCCACGGCCCCGGCCGCGCCACGAAACCCCCUCACCAUCGACCACACCAUCCUGGCCCCCAACUCGCUCGUCCUCGUCACCGGCGCCAACGGCCUCAUCGCCUCGCACAUCAUCGCCCAGCUCCUCGCCGCCGGCUUCCGCGUCCGCGGCACCGUGCGCUCGCUGGAAAAAUCCGCCUGGCUGCUGCCGCUCUUCAACGGGCCCUCCUUCUCCCCAUCCUCUUCCUCCUCCCCUUCCCCCUCUUCCCCUUCGGGCUCCACCUCCCCCUCCCCCUCCCCCUCCUCGACUUCCACCCCGCCCCGCUUCGAGCUCGUCGCCGUCCCGGACAUGGCCGCGCCCGGCGCCUUCGACGACGCGGUACGCGGCGGCGUCGCGGCCGUCGCGCACGUCGCGUCGAUUAUCUGGAACGACGGUGCCGCGUCCGCCGACGCUGUUAUUGGGCCGGUCGUCGCGGGUGCGGUUGGCGUGCUCGAGUCGGCGGCGAAGGAGCCGUCUGGCAGCGUGAAGCGGGUUGUGUAUACGAGCAGCAGCUUGGCGGCGUACACGCCGGCGGUGCGGGGGGACGAUGUCGACGACGGCGGCGUAGGAGGAGCAGCAGUAGGAGAAGGAGGAGUAGGAAGAGGACGAGAAGUCAGCGCGGCGACGUGGAACGAGGAGACGGUGCGGGCUGCGUACGCGGAAUUGGGGCCGGGCGCGGGCAUGGAGGCGGUGACGCGGCGGGCGUUGGAUAUCUACGGGGCGAGCAAGGCGGAGGCGGAGCGGGCGGUGUGGCGGUGGGUGGAGGAGCAUGAGGGGAAGGUCGGGUUCGAGGUGAAUUCGGUGCUGCCGAAUGUCAAUUUCGGCCGCAGCGUGGAUCCGGACCAUCAGGGCUAUCCGUCGACGAUUGGGUGGCCGGUGAUGCUCGCGACGGGGACGAUGCCGGAGAUGCUGUGGGAUGCUAUUAGGCCGCAAUACUGGGUUGAUGUCGAGGAUACAGCGCUCUUGCACGUUGCUGCGCUUACUCGUCCGGAUAUUAAGAAUAGACGCAUCUUUGCGUUCGCGGGCAGGUACAACUGGAACACGCUGCUGGCGGCGUUGCGGAAGAUGUACCCGGAGAAAGAGCUUUACCCUGACAGGGAUGGCCUAGGCCACGAUUUGACUAGGAUCAUUGACGCGCCGUGGGCGGAGCAGAUCUUGAAGGAUAUGGGAAGGCCGGGGUGGAAGAGCUUGGAGCAGAGUUUGAGGGAGAACUUGGAGGCUGUGCAGGUGUGA